AACAUUAAUACAAAAAGCGAAAUUUCAAAAUCCUGUUGGCUUAAAGUGGCUUUUUCAAGUCUUUCCAAUAAAUGUUAAACAAAUAUUCGGGUUCGCUGGCACAUCGGAUGAGAAAGACUGUUUAGCAUUUGGCAUUUAUCAGGUGUGUAUUUACGUAGAGUAUAACAGAUUUAAAACAGAAAUUCUUUGACCUGCUGCAGUCAAAAACGAAAUCAAACAGUCACACGGUGGAAACGUGCGAGGUGGUUGAGCGCCGCAAAUCAGCGGUUUAUCUUCCAUGAAAUUUUAAUAUAACAGAGGAGUCGACCCAUUAAGACAGAAACAAACAUAUUACCGCUUGGUAAUUAGUUCUUGUCUUAUUCAGCCAUCAUUUGGUCGCGGGAAGCUUUUUUUUUCGAGAACAUUAUUUCGGAUCAGUGGCACACUACGAUGAAAGCAGCGCUGGAUAAUUUUCUCAAAAACCACGCUGAUGCCUUCGUACGAUAUCGUCGAAAGAAGCUUAAGGAAAUCGAAAACCUAAUUAAUCCAUUAUUGGAAGAAGUGAAGAAACUGGAUGGAAAAUUUGACUUUGAAAUGGUCAACCCUAAAAGCUUUUAUACCAUCAAGUCACCCAUCCAUUACGAAGUACUUCUGAUUUUUCACGGGGUGGACCCUGAAGAGAUUUCUGUCGAAGACGGGCAAACACCAGCGGGAUUUGCGCUAGCGAAACUUACUGGUAAAAAAAUGGUGUCUAAGUGGAAAUUUUGCAGUGGGAACAGUAAUCCCAGCAAGGUUUACAUGUCGGCUAAGAUUGUCAGAGAGAAACUCUUCGAGCUUGUAAACCGAGUGAUCAGCAGCUCGUCUUUUCUGGAAUCACUCGAAGGGAGUAACUUUUGUGUAGAAGUCGUCGACGACGACGAUGUGAUUUCAAUGCGGGUCAGCGGACAAGACGUUGAAGCAUACAGCGUUGAUCUUAUCCCAGCAAUUCCUUAUCCAGGACGCUGGGUGCUCUCUGCGCAUGCGUGGGAAUCCAAGCAAGCUGAUUGGAUGAGCAAGACUUUGAAGGAAGAAGUCAUUAAGACCGGAUUUCACUUGGUAGCCAGGCCAUCACCGAGUAGGUCAUCGUACCAGUGGCAGAUUGAUUUUCCUGGCCCCAUGAGGAAGCUACUGGAAAUAGACAUGGGCUGUCGCAUAAAAUGUCUGCUUAUUCUUGAGAUCAUUAUGGGCGACAUGUACUCUCAAAGGGAUGCAUGCGACAGUUUCCAACUCGAAACUCUCGUGUUGCGUAUAACAGAACACUAUCCAGUGAAAUCGUUCUGGAGCGAAGAAAAAUUCUCUAAACGUUUCUUAGACACCAUAAGAGAACUGCAACGAUGUCUCUCAGAAAGACACCUGACGCAGAUUUUUAUCCCAGGCGUGAAUUUGUUUCGAGAUUUCGACAAAUUGAGUUUGAAAAGUUGCGAAGAAGUUGUUCAGAGUGUUUUAGAAAACCCAGAAAAUUUCCUGAACACUUUCGAACUGUUCCAAUAUACAACUGCUUUGUAACCCAGAAAAAUAGUAGGCAAAGUCUUUACUUAAGCCAGAUAGCCCAUCCAACCCGAGUUUUAUCCCAGUUUCCUUAGCAUGUAGCGAAUAGGAAGUUACCUCUCCCCCUCUCCCCCUUACGUGGGAUUUCAGUCCAUCACAAGGUUACCCCUCGCCCAGGCAUUUCAUCGGGGUUCCCUGACAUUUUUCCUGCACCUUUUUAUACCUCCGGAUGGAGAGAGGCACCGUGAAAGAGAUUUGUUUUCCCAAGAAGACAACACAAUGACCUGGCUAAGUCUCGAACCCAGACCUCUCAACCCGGAAUUCAGCGCACACUGCGUCUCCCACCGAAAGAUCGUUAGAGCUGAGUACUUUGACGUCUUUAUUCUCAAGAUCUAGAGUGACCAGGAGGCAAUUUCUCCCAACAAUAACACUACACUAACAAGCCGAUGGGGAAUGACAAUUGAGAUAAUAAGGGGAUAAUAAUUUCAGUGAUGAAAAACUAAAUUCUCAGAACUACCAUUAUAGGAGAUGCGUGGAAGACAGCAAGGAUAAUUAUUAUAGUGAUCUUUCAGAUCUUGCUUUUGUAUGAUGUAGCUACCACGUUCCACUGAACGAUCUUUAUCUGGGAUCGCUUAUUUUUCAGUCAGCAUCUCUGUAGGGAAGCUUUAAGAUAAAAAGAAACCUUAGAAAAAUCAUUUACUUAGGUACACAAUCAAAAAGAGGGAAAAAAAAUUAAUAAGGAACGAAGAACUCUUCGUGAUGGGUUCCAAGUGACAGACUUGAAAAAAAGGCUACAUUGGUGAUGUAAAUGAAGCGAAACUGUUUGAAAAUGAAGCUUGCACGGGCAAUAUUAAAUCAUAUAUUUACCAAG